UUUUUCACUUCGGUGGUGCGAUUUUGGUUGUUACUCAAAAAUGGCAUCAAUUCCUACGACUGACCGACAGCAAAGACGAGGAUUAUUAUUGUAAAAAAGGCCAGUGCACGGAUAUUUUCGUGAACAGUUUGUGUGCAGUUUGCGCGAACUGCUGUGCGAGCAAGUUUCCAUACAAAAGAAAAUAAUCGUUGCAGCCUCGGGGUGUGGAAUUUGCGUAAUUUCGGUUUCCGGAUUUCAGUUCGAAGUAGGUAGUGAACGAGGAGGAAAAAAUCCCGUCCCCCGUGAAAGUUGUGUGUGCGAGAGACGGGGCAAAGGCAAAAAAAAAAAACGGGCCAACCAGCCAGCCAGCAGCGAAUUGAUCCGGGAGUGUGAAGAAGAAGCUUAAGGCAGAAGGUAGAAAACGGAGGAUUUUUAUCGAUCGUUCGUGUUUUGUUGUUUUUCUUCCUUUCGGGUGCUGCACCUGCCAGAGCGGCGGAAGCUAGUGAUUUCGAGGGUCAAUAUUCAGCUGGAGUGUGCUGCCAGGAACGUCGGGAAGUGUCAACACAUUCCGAGUGCCCAAGUGUCAAAAUAUUGUCGGUGAGAAUCUGUCGUAGAUAAUCUCUCGAAGUGAAUGCGAAGAAUGAAGAAAAAAUCAGUGCUGGCGUAGCAUGUGCUCUGAAAAAUUGACCAAAUUUUGCCUUGCUGAGUUGGGUGCCUGAAGAAAAACCACCGGAAGAAGGAAACGGGUUGAAAAUUCUUGAUUUCUUGCCGAAGCACUAUCAUCGGAUACCAAUUUUCCCGAUAUUGGAAUUAAUAGCAGAACCAGGCUCUCUCACACACACGCAACCGCGGUGCACGUAAACAGGUACUUAAAACCGAAAAACACCUCUUCUACCUUGGCCCGACUUAGCCACAAGCACACACUUACCUACGCUACAUCCCAUGCCAUCUAUUGCUCGAGUGGGCUUUCAUUCAAGAAAAUCUGUUUUCAUCCGUUCAUUCAGAGCUGGCUCCACGUUACGGGUGUGUAUUUACAACAACGCCGCGAACAGGUGACUUGACUACUAAAACAGCAAAAAAUUAAAGAACCGAGGCACAACAAACAACAAACGGAACAGGGCGCGUGAGCCGGUUCACCACAUCAAACUGCAAUAGACGACGAGACGCGACGACACCACACGGUGGUGGUGUGCCAGUUUCGGUGACAGGUGACACAACGGCGACAGGCUGCAACGUUAGGAACGAUCGACCUAGAGAGAGCACUUUGGAUGGGACAACGCAAGGAUUUCCGGAGACAUAAGAAAAAUCACGGUGUACUACACAGAAAAGGUACCUCACCAAGGUACAUACAGCCGUCCGUCGACUGGUCCAGGGAGCUCACCCAAUCAUCAAAAUUAGUUAGCCAAUCAAAUUACACUACGUGAACGAUCGCAAUGAGCAUUCUGUAUCCGGUCUAGAGGAUCUUUGCGUACAACAGCACAACCCAACCGAGCUACAGUGUACAGCUACACUGCAAGCUCAAUGUUUGAACAUCUUCUGUGAUUUAUCCGUGCGAUAUUGCAUUUCAUUUGUAUUUAAAAUUCGAAUGUUGAUCCGUUGUUGCAUUUUAGUUUAUCUGUAAGUGUUUGUGAUAAAUAUUAAGAUCUGUGAGUGCAUUUUUUGCAUCGAAGCCUAUAGUAAAGGAGAGGAAAAGUGUUCAAAAGGAAGUCUUUGAUUGUUGUGUGUCGCUUAGUAAAGAGGAAGCUCUUAAGGUCAGUGUAGUGAACAGAGAGAGAAAAAAAGAAGAGCUUCGAUCAACACUGACCGACUGACCGCGAAGAUUUGCGCGUAUAGUGCUGCACCACAAAUACUAACGGGUGCACAUCGGUGUAGUGGUUGCGUGACAAGUUGACGACCGGAAGCUACAAGAUGGACAGUCCCGGCGCUGUUGGAAGGCGUCGUGGAAACUCGCGAAUCAAUGCCGAAGACCAAGCACUCGACCAGAUCGCCAAGGAGGCGGAAGCCCGGUUGGCAGCGCGACGGCAAGCACGUGCGGAGGCACGCGAGAUUCGAAUGCGCGAGCUGGAGCGGCAACAGAAGGAGCUGGAACAAAAUGCCGACCGUGUCUUUGACCUGCAGCAACAAUCCUCCGGAUUAUCCUCUCUGGGGGAUACUUCGUUGGGAACUCGAUCUUCGGUCACCCGCCUUACGGUCAACAAUACGGUUCGGGGUAGUUCACUUUCCUCCCGGAGAAGUAGUGAAGAUUCGCUCGAAGAGGAGGGACGAAGUCUCAGAGAUCUCCGGCAUGAACUGAAGGAUGUGGAAGACCGUUUCCGCAAGGCGAUGGUCGCCAACGCUCAGCUGGACAAUGAACGUGCCUCCCAGAACUAUCAGAUCCAGCUGCUGAAAGACAAGCUAGAAGAGAUGGAAGAAUCGCACGCACAGCUGCAGCGGGAGUUCAAGGAAAAAUCACGGGAUCACGAUGCCUUAAAACGAGCCAAUGACAAACUGUCCGAAGAACUGAAGCUUGUCCAUGGACAACUGAACGAACGGGACACGCUCAUCGAAGAACAAGGCCUGGUGAUCGUGACGGUCGAGAACGAAGACGGUACCGAUGCACGGCGCGCACUAGUCACAGCAGAGAAUGCACAACUCCUAAAGUCCGCACAGGGUUCCUUAGAUGUAAGACUUAAGAAAUUCGCAGAAGAGAAGCAGGAACUUCACAACGAAGUUCAAACGUUACAGCAGCAGUUGAAAGACAUCAAAAGCAAGGGCAGGAAGUACAGUUCCGUCAACGGAGCCCUGGAUGAUGACGAUUAUGAAGACGCACAAAGAGAAGCCAACAAACUCAUCACCGACUACAAGUAUAAGCUCCAGAAAGCGGAACAGGAAAUCGCCAACCUGCAGGCAAGUCUAGCUCGAUCCGAGACGCAGGUCAUCCGGUACAAGAGUACAGCUGAAGCGGCGGAGAAGGCAGAAAGUGACCUGAAAAUCGAAAGGAGAAAGCUCCAACGAGAGAAUCGUGAAGCCAUGGACCGACUGGAGGAGCUGGAAACCUGCAACAACCACCUGCUGAAACGACUGGACAAGCUGAAGAACGCAAAAAGUGCCCUACUCAAAGACCUCUGAUAGGCUUCGGUUUUCAAAUUCACUUUCCCCCACCAUCCCCAUCACCCAAUUUUCACCGAACUUACUUCAUCUUCCAAUUUAUUUCAUCGCGAAUCAAUUCAUGAUCAGAGUUUGAAUCAAGGGACCGGUCCCGUUUCCAUCCUGUAUGUAGAGUUUGUACAUUUUUUUAGUGAGUGUUGAAAAAGCUUCAUUCUAGGGUAUACAAAAUCGAAACGCUUAACGGCAAAGUUUUCUUAUAAAGUGCAAACACAGCUUUCCUCUGUUCGCUCCACGACAGGAGACGAUACUAACUCUAACGCAAAAGCCAGCUUGAUGUGUAAAAUACAGUCUUUGUAGUAACAGUAAAAUGUAUGAUUGUACACAAAUGAAAUUAGAUUUUGCACUUACCAGUAAGUAGGCUUGUAUAGUAAAUUUAUUGAAAAGAAAACAAGUAUAGACACCCGUUUAUUGUAAUUAAUUGGAACCACUGUGUGUUUAACAGAAUAGUGUAAAUUGAUACUUCAGAGAUUAGGCACAUUUAGGCAAACCAUUGAACAUACUGUGUAUAUCUGCGACUAUUAGUUAUAAAUUGAGCAUGAAACCAAUUUUAAUAUUUAAUUUAUUGAAGAGAAAAAUACAGCUAGCUGUAAGGAUCACGUCAUGUUUCAUCGAAAAAGUAAAGAGAUCUAUUCAGUUGCCAAUUUUGCAAAAAUAGCUAUAGAAAACCGGUAGACGUUUUAAGGGCAACCAAUAUGUUUGAAAAAUAUAAUAAAAUUGCCAAAUUAGACACAAGAAAAGCAUCAGUCAUGAAUCGACGCACGAACAUCAAACAUGAGAAUUGCGUACGACGACGACUCUUCAUCCAUCGGAACAAAACAAAAUAAACGUGAAGGUGAGUUGUUAGACCAGUUACAUUUACUGUUGUUUAAAUUAUAAAACUAAAAAAGUAAACUACAGUUUCGUUUGUUAACAUCCUAAUGCUGGAAAACAUUGAUGAUCAUUUUCGUUCCUGGUAGUAAUCUAGCGUCUUUUCCACUUCUAACGCCUUCCUAAUUUGUUAACUAUUUUGUAAUUCUCCUUUCGUAUAUUACCAAUACACAAUCAGUCACAUUUUUAACGAAUAGAGAAACUUUUAACAUACUCCUAAAACUGCCAUAUGAAAUUUUGUUUGUUUGUUUUCACAAAUUGGUAGACAUUUUCGUUUUGCAUUGCGCCAACGAUUAGGAUAUGUAAAUCUAAUUUGUACAUUUUUAAUCGGAAUCAGACUUCCUUCCUGAAUAAAAAUACACAAAAUCAAAUGACUCCGCGCCUCGUCCGUGGACGUUGCUUUUGUUUAGCUUUUACAAUCUAUUCAAUUUAAGGGCAACAAUGUUGGCAAGACAAGGUCGAAAGGAGAGAUCGAGUUAUGCUUGAUGCUGUAACUGAAGUUGGACAAAUCCGCCAACGGAAGAGCGUUAAAAUUCAUCGUUGGUCAGGUAUAAAAGAAAUGUGCACUGUUGUCUCUGGUUGGAUGUACUGUGUGUAUAAAACAUGAACCUUUGUAGAGAACCAAUGAAUUAUACUCUAAAAAGAAUGAUAGAGUUUGUUAGAGCGAGCAAAACAGUAGUAAUAACGACAAGAAGCAACGUGUAAUAACAAAGCAAAAUCUGGAAAGCAAAAGAAGAAAAAUGUAAAAUAAAUUGAUAAAAGCAUGAUGAA